CAACUUAUGUGCUUAAUAUGUAGAUGUCGCAUUGUCGCCUAGAAAUGUCAUCGUUCAAAACUUUGACUUGACAGAACGAAAGCAACUGCUUUUCGCGCGAGGCAAAACCCAUUCUACAGUUUUACAUUGAGCCGAAUUGUUUCGUUCGAGGGAAAGCAGGGAUACUGUACUACACACCUAACCAAUCAUCGCUAUUUGCCGGUAUAACCAAACACAUUGUUGCGCAAAAACGUGAAAUUCAGAAGAAAAAAUCCUCGCCGAUUGCAAUGCAAAACACAUUAUUACCGCCGGCAUCAGCCGGUGUAGGUCAGCAGCCAACGUCACGGCCCGUAAAUACAGUCGAAUUGGAGUGCAAGAGAAUAUGUGUGAUUCGUUGUUUGCGUGCUGUCACUUGUAAUGUGGCAAUGCAAUUUCUGUUGCUCACCCUGUUCCUGCUGUUUGUGAAUUUCAGUGUGUGGCAUCCGAUAAAUUGGAUCGUCCAGACGUUCCGGCUCAUUUUGUCAAUUUACACAUGGCUCUGUAUCACCCCACUGAUCGCAAUCGUUAUCAUCUAUGGGAUUUACUUGGGCAAAUCCUAUCUGAAUGAACGGCAAAUGUAUCGCAAUCGAUUCAUGACCAUUUACAAGACAACAUUGCCAAAGUGUUUAUUUUAUACGCUGCAUUUCCUCAUCGGAAUCCUGACAACGUGGUUCUACUCACGAUUCCUCUCGGACGAUUAUCACACACUGUUCUUAAGCCGUUCCGAAUGCUCAACCGAUAGCUACAAAUUAAGUUCCAGCCAAAUUUGUGUCAACGAGAAAUAUCUGCUGAUCUCGUUGUACGGAUCAUUGAUAGCGAUUUGGUAUUGCUGGAAAAAGGAUCCAUCGAGUGAAUCAUGCGAAUUUCCAAUCAUUCAUCAGAGCAAGUACCUGCGGAUUCGUGCAUUUUUGUAUUCGGUGCUUUGGACGACGUUGAUUCAAGUGUUUGUGCCGGUGAUGGUGUCGCAUGUAUUCUACAGUUUGAUUGGACGCUUGCCAUUCCAAUGGUUCUUGAGACGAUUGCUCAGCGUGGAAUUUGUGCUCAACGGAAAUGUUCAUGUAUACGACAUCAAAUUGCUGAUCAUCACUUGGAUUCUGAUAACGCAUAUUCUGAGCAAUUUGCACUUAAUGGCAUUUUUGUUCCAAGCAUUUUUGACCCAACCGAAGGUGUUUCCCAUCGAAGCCGGAUCACUGAGUGACAAUGUGUUCAAUAAGCAGCAAGUAAACGAGGUGACCCUUGUUCAAGCGUUGGCCAACAGCAAAGUACCGAUUGUACGUCAGUUGGCCGCAUUGGAUCUGUACACACUGUCGGAGUACGGUGAUUUGUACAAACGACGUCAACAGAUUUUUGCAUUGUCAAUUCCCGGCGGCCAUCCAUACAAUUGGAAUGCGUUGAGUUCGCAGUGCAUGAGUUUGAUAAAUGCAUUCAACAGUGAGCUGCGUACAGCUGUGAACAAUUUAAAAAAUUUACCACAGAUCAAACUGAAUAACAACGUACUGCCCAAUCAAGCCAAAUACAUGCAACCAUUUUCGUCGAAUUUGCAAGCGAUGCCGGUGCCGGAAUUCCGUUCGUCAACACCAACAUCCGCCACAGAAAUGGCCGAUAAAAUCCGCAAUCGUCAGUACAACGAGAGUUGUGGCAUUCGAAACAUGCUGACGCCAAUGGCACCAACCGACAACGAACAGCUACUAUCACCCAUCAAACCGAUAUCCGAUCCAUGUGCUCGUUUCAAUCAAACCAUGUGCAUUCUUCAAGAUAAAAUCCAAAGUGUGAAAACGAUCAUUUUCAACAUGCCCGGCAUUCGGUUUUUAUUCGGUGAAAAUGAAAUGGCUCAACUACAUGCUUUGCUCACCAUUUCCAAGGCUGACGAAAUCGGCUGGAUGGUGCAAGGUUUAUCGACAAUUGCCGUUCACUCAUUGCACGAGGAUCGUUAUGGUGUGGUUCAAAUGAAUCUACCAGAAAUCAUCACCACUUUGCUUCAAUUGAGGGAAAGCAUUAAUCAACUGCCGCCAAGCCUAUUCAAUGUCAAUACCGUUUCACCGUAUCUACGUAGCUUUCAGUCAAAACCCAGCGGCGCUAUUCUUCUACGUAAUGCCGUCAAACGCAGUCUCUACAACAUCUGCAUCACAUUCAACGAAUAUUUAUCCGAAUUGGUGACGAAUCAAAACGAUUUACGCAUUCUUCAAAAUUAUAUUGACUUUUUGGAAGCUUGAGCUGUUUUUCAUUUCAUUUUUUUUUUAAUUCAUUUAUUAUUACUAUAAAACUAUGCAUAAGACUUAAGUUAUACACUAACAAGUUGAAUUUAUCAUUAAUCGUUCUUGAGAAUAAAACAUCUUUUUUACGAAAGAAACAAAUAAAACAAAUGAAAAUGUAAUAAAA